GUCUCGUGGUGGUGGACUUGUUUCUCGCAAGCAGAAAGAGCUGCCAACAGAACCCCCUUUCACAGCAUAUGUGGGAAAUCUACCCUUCAACACUGUUCAAGGAGACAUAGAUGCCAUCUUCAAGGACCUCAGUGUAAGGAGUGUACGGCUAGUCAGAGACAAGGAAACAGACAAAUUCAAAGGAUUUUGUUACGUAGAGUUCGAUGAGGUGGAGUCACUCAAGGAAGCUCUUACAUAUGAUGGUGCACUUUUGGGUGACCGAUCACUCCGAGUGGACAUAGCAGAAGGCAGGAAACAGGAUAAAGGUGGCUUUGGCUUCAGAAAAGGUGGUGGAUCUGAUGAGAGAGGAAUGGGAGGAGGUUCCCGAGAAUCCAGAGGAGGUGGAUGGGAUUCCAGAGAUGACUUCAAUUCUGGAUUCAAAGAUGACGACUUCUUGGGAGGCAGGGGUAGAGGAACCCGACCUGGAGACCGGCGACCACCUGGUGCCUCAAUGGGAAGUGGUGGCACUGGUCGCUUCAGAGAUGGGCCUCCCCUUCGUGGAUCUUCCAUGGACUUCAGAGAGCCAACAGAAGAGGAACGAGCACAGCGACCUCGACUUCAGCUCAAACCUCGAACAGUUGCUACCCCCCUCAAUCAAGUAGCCAACCCAAACUCUGCAAUCUUCGGUGGAGCCAAGCCCCGAGAGGAAGUAGUAAAAGAGCAUGACUGAGUUUGGGGUUGAGAGGGAAUGGGGAGGCGGGAGAAAAAGUGAGACAGUACAGAGUGACUAGCUCUGCUGGAAUGUCAACCCUGCAGUUUACCAUUCCUGCCAUCUGGCAUUUGUCCUCUUUGAAACCGAAAAUACAGAGCUUGUGAAUGCAUGUCAAGCUGUUAACGAGUGGUUUUUAGUACGUUCUUGGCUUUGCUGUAUCUAGUGCUGGCUUUGUGCUGAGUUUCCCUCUUCUGUUUCCUUCCAAGCAGCACAGUUGCCAGUAGAUAGGGCAGUGUAGCUGCUCCCACAAGUGUGGAAGUCUCUGGACAAAGGUGCUGCUUCAACUUCUUCCUUUCUGGGUUUGUUUUACUUCAGAAGCACAGGUUAGGCUUAGUUAUUGCCCCAUAUCGUUUGCUUUUACUUCCUCAGUGCUCCUCUUCUGACCUGCAUGUCUUGUUCUGUAUUGCUGUGGCUCUGAAGAGGAAAACUGGAGAGCCCAGAUGAGUUGAGCAGAGAAAUUUACAGUUCUAACCAAGUAGUGAAAUACCACUUAGGACAAUUGGUGAUAGUUACUGUAUACAGUAGAACCCCUUAUAGAACUAAGGGAUGUAACUGCCCUUUCACACCAGGUUACCAGGAAGUAUCAAUAGAUGCAAAUAAAAUUAACAAGAAGCCUGAUGAAUAAGUGGUGGAAUCAAUAUGGAUAAAGCAUCUGCUGGCACACUCUUGCUGGUGGCUUUCCAUUGACCUCAGAAUGGUAUGAUACUACUCCACUGAGUGCAAGGUUAGUGCUGCAAAACUGUCUGAGCACGACUGCUCACUGGCUCUUUCUGCUUACUUUUUUUGGGAUUUUACGUAUUUGGUAAAUUUUUAAAAGAAGUUUCUACAAAUAAAGUUGCCUUUUUUAU